UCUCAUGGAGGCGGUACUGCAGAGUGGAUCCAACCCACCGUAAUCCACAACAGGAAAAGAAGGGAAGCAAACACUGGCUGCGGUUCUGCAAAUAGCAACUGUCACAAGCGAAAAGUCUGUUCUUCGUUGCAAGUCAUUUACUUCGGUUCUAACAGUUUCCAGAAGCAGGAAGGAUGUCUGUGACCAUGAGCAGGACCGAUGGGGUCACCGUGUUUACGGUGACCUCUGAGCCUGACAGUCGUUGGCCUCCUUUGUGCCAGAUCAUGAAGAGCCUUUGCUACAGCCCCGUGUGCUGCUCUGUGUCUCAGAAGUUGAGGACAAUCCAGAGGACGUCUCUGUCCGUGCUCGGGACCAUACACAUUAUGAUCGGACUGCUUCAUAUCGGCCUUGGCACCAUCGUCCUCCUGAGUAGAACUUAUAACUGGUUUAUAUAUUCCACUGGCUUCCCUUUCUGGAUGGGAUCUCUGUUCAUUGUUUUUGGCAUCAUGUGCCUUUUGUCUGAGCGGUAUCCGAGUCCAUGCCUGGUCAUCCUCAAUGUGAUUGUCAACCUGGUUGGAGUUGCUAUUGCCAUUUCUGCCAUUGUGUGCUACAGCAUCUAUGUGGGAGAACUUUAUAUAUGGCUUUCCUGUGAAGAGAGAGACAACUACUACUACCCGGUAUAUAUGCGCACAACACCAAGUCCAGUGGCUGAUACUGAUUACAUUAAGAAAAACUGCUUGGAGGGCAAAGCAAUGGUCAUGAUGCUUUUGAGAAGCAUCGUUGGUGUCCUGUGUGUCCUGUCGGUUGUGGAGCUCUGUGUCACCAUCAGCUCUGCUGUAUUGGGCAUCAAAGCUCUGAGACGCGCCAGCAAGGAACAAAACAAGACAUCAGAUGACCCAGAGCUAUACAAGCCACUACUGGAGGAAGUCACCACCGAGCCCGCAGCCUGAACAUCUUCCACUUUCUGUAAACCUGCACUUUUGUUCCUCUGUUGGGGUUAAAAACCACAUUAUUCAUUCGCUUAUAAUCAGUUUGUUUUUAGACUUGAGAUUUUUUUUUCUCCAAAUUAUGUUUUUCUAUUGUCUUUGCACAUUUGAAUUAAAUCUGGGCAUAUUUUAUUAGCUUUUCUUUAUAAUUAAUGUUUUUUUGUCUUUUAUAUUCUAAAGCCAGGAAUUGAUCAAUAAUAUUAUUGUGAUUUCUUUUUUUCUGUAAUUCCAGUUUUCCAGUACUGUUUUGCUACAUAUCUUCAUAUUUGUUUAGGGUUAAAUUUGAAGUUACAUUAUGGUGGAUUUUUUUUUGUUUCAGUGUUUGUUCUAAAAUGCCUUGUAAAUAUUUGACAGUCGAAUGAGUCAGGGGAAGUUGGCGCUUAACUACUUGCACAAAGAGCCUUUAGGUUCGGUUCAGUUGAAUUAAUUCAAGGAAGCGAAGUCAAAAAUGAAAGCUGAACUUGUUCCCUUCAUGUCUCUACUAGUGUUGAAGCUUUAACGGCUGCCAAAUGUGGUUCUACAGAGCAUUAACUCAUCUGAACCUCAUGUAUCAACUUCCAUUCAGUUCACAACUGUGCACUGCUUUGUUUUGGUCUAUCACAUAAAAUCGCAAUAAGUUUUAUUGAAGUCCGUGACGUGACAAAGUAAAAGGUUUAAUGAGUGUUAAUGCUUUUAUAUGGCACUGUAUGUCCCGAACCAUAGUAAAUAUAUUUAGGAGGAUGAUAAAGUUAAUCUGAUGUUUGAAGUAGAUUAUUUUAUGAAAUUUCUGACUCGACUUCAGCAAUGUCCCAGGAUGUUCCUAAUCUGUUCGCAGUUUCUGUUCCUCCAAAGGUGGGAUGACGAAGUGUACCAAAAAGUGAUGCCUAUUUUGGGAAUGUUCAGCAAACUUAACUUUGAAACCUGUUUUUAUUAACCACAAGCUUAGAACGCCUGAUAAGGAUGCAAAUUACUGUAAGCAACUGCAGCUUGCUACAGUUUUACUGUUGCUGUAUAAUGAAUAAAUCAGCAUAUAUGUAUUUUUUAACCAUGGUUUUGAUACAUGACUUUGAUUAUGAUUGCAAUAUUUUCAAUUUCCCAGAUGUUGUUUUGUGCUCUUAAUCCUUGAUAUCCAAGAUUCAAGAUCCAAGACACUCUGAGCUGGGCCAGAGGAAAGAACCGUUUGGUCAGGAGCUGGGGCCAGCUACCAGUCCUGUGGUGAAGGCCAUGUUGAAAAUGAUCCAAGUCACCUUUUUGCUUUUAAUCUUCUAAAAUAAGGACUAAAACACUGGGGAAUUGAGCACUUCACGGGCUUACAGUAUAUCAUCCUGACUCAAGUCUUCACACAGUUAAAACUGCACCAUAAUGUUUUGCUCAGUCUCUAUUUUCCAGUAAAUAUAGAAACCUGUUUUUGACUCAUUUCUCAAACCUGUUUUCCUGUUCUUUCCAGGCAACUCAGGUAGCUCCAUCUGUCUUCCCCUGUUUUUAACCAGCCUCAUAAAAAGCUGCAAAACUCCUUUAAACUCAAUUUAUAUUUUCAGGUUUGGGACUAAUAAAUAGACGAUAAGCAACAGGUUUUAUUUAUGGACAGACUUUAAAUCAUACUGAGAACAGUGUAAAAAUAUCACUGAGGAUUUCUUGCUUUUUGAACUCUAUCUUUUUCAGUUUUGUGUAAUUCAAACUACAGUCCCACUUAUAAAUUUUAAACAAAUGAUCUAUUCUUUAUUUUCCAGGCAGUCAGACUUUCUUAUGAACUAAAAACUAAAUUAAAAAGAAUCCUUCAGAAAGCCUGGAGGACGGAUGGGUGAAUGAACGGAUUUUUGUGGGAAAGCAGGUUUUAAUUUUGAAUUAACAGUGUAACAUUAAAAUGAAAACAUGACCUAAAA